UUACUGAAGAGAACAGAACAUUAAGCCUCCUAACUUUGAAGAGAUUCUUUAUCUACUGAGUGAUUUGCAAGAUGAAUAGCGCCCUAAUCCUUCUGGUGGCCGUUGGUCUGUCCUGCUUGAUGGCAGUCCAAGCAACCUCAUUCGGCGUUCUAGCCGGCCUAGGAGCCUUGACGAGCGCUAUAAGCAAACGGAGAUAUCACGGUGCAAGCCAUGGACGCGGCCAUGGCCAUGGAUAUAGAGCUCCUAAAAGGAAGUACCGUCUCCGCUACCGCCGCUCCGUCGCAGCAGCUGAUGAGGAAGAUGACGACCUGAUUUUGUCUGCAGUAGGACAGCUGGAUGCCGACACCUGCAUCCCAAAGAUGUUUUGCGUCCUGCAGGCGAAAGAUGAAUCCGAUCGCACACAGAAAGAGAACAUGCUUGUGGAGAUCUUAAGCGAUAAUACCAUGAACCCAAACUCCUACAACGCUGCCUUCGUCUACGCUAGAGUCGUCGCCACUGAGGAGAAAGACUCCUCCGUCUGCAAGAAGGUUUUCCCCAAAUGUUCACUUGGUGAGGAGGAACUAAGUGAGCUCUUGGAUCUAGCAUGGGGCUGUGACUGCAGCUCUGGAGGGAAAGAGUAAAGCUUGCAGCUAAAACUCAUUAUCGCAUCUGUUGGCAUCUUCCUAUGGCUAGAGCCACAGAAGGGUGACAAGGUGCUUCUCUCUCUAAUGUCCGUUGGACAGCGAAAACACAUGUUCACUGAUGAGUCAUACUGCAAAGAGAAAAUCUCUAAUUGCGAUAUGUCCUGCUAGUGUACAUACAUUAUAUGCAGAUAUUCUGUGCCUUUAAAUAGAUAUUUAUUUGACCCCAAAACAGAUGUAUUAUUUUCUACACCACAUGCUGUAUAGUUAUGGCAGCAUGUUUCUUAUCAUGUUGAAAGUUUGAUGACUUUAGACAAAUAAAUUUAAAUAUGGUUUCUAGAAUGAUUGUGUUUUAUCCCUCUUUUUUCACCAUCACCUAACACAUUACCUAUAUUCCCAGGCAUAUUGUACAAGAAUCCUGAUUAGGCCACCAAAACUUAGAAAAUCUAUGUUUGUAUAGCUAUAUUUAUUUAUAUCUGUAUCAGUCUAUCUAUAUAUGAAUCUAUAUAUCUACAUCUAUGUGUUUAUUUAUCUAUAUA